UUCUAGCAGACUAAUUCUUAUGUAUUACAUUUUAUUGUUAAUUUAGUUACAUUAAGUUAUAAUUAUUUCAAUUUUAUAUACAGAGUAUUGGCCCAAGUAUACGAUCUGGACCCGGCUUUUGUCCUCGAAUUAAUACAACUUCUGGUGGUUCAACUGAGAUUCUAGUCCCUUUUAAAAUAAGUAAAAGAAUUCAAGUAAAAGUAGAUAACAUGCAACCUUUUAUAGCAUCAACAAGAUUUGUGUGCCAAUUUAAUAUUGAAGGUAGAGUAAGACAAGUCAAUGCUCAAUUACUAGGUGACACCAUUUAUUGUGAAAAAAUGGUGUUUCAAUAUGGGACUCAAGCACCAAACAUUACAGCAACAUUUGCUGUGAUUUGGGAAGGAACUAAACCACUUGAUAAUCCAGAAAAUAUUCGAGUCUUAGUCUAUAAAUGUGAAGGAAUGGCAGAUAAUUGUGGGGAAUGUCUCGAAUUACCUGAAAAAUAUGCUUGUGGUUGGUGUCAAGAUAGACCUGCCUCUUGUCAAGUUCAUGAUCAGUGUAGUGACGGAAGUGCUACAAUGUGGUUAGACAGAAGACAAACAUGUCCUGAUCCUAAAAUAUUAAGUUUUAACCCAGAAUCUGGACCUUGGGAAGGUGGCACAAAUAUAACCAUUGAAGGAAUCAAUUUAGGAAGAAUUUUUGAUGAUAUUGCUGAUGGAGUUAGAGUUGUUUAUGAUGUAGAUGGUAGGACAAUUUCAGAAUGUCUUCCUCAUCGAGAAGGAUAUUUAAAAACUAGCAGAAUUGUUUGUCAAGUAGAAAGACCUCCAAAUCUUACAACAGGACUAGUUGGAGGACCAAUAUCUGGACCAAUUGUUGUUAGAGUACAGAAUGAUUAUACUGCACGUUCAAAAAAGCAUUAUUCUUUUGUGAAUCCUCGUGUUACUUCUAUUGAACCUACUAAAGGACCAAAAUCAGGAGGUACUCUGCUUAAAAUUUGGGGACUCCACAUGGACGCUGGUAGUUAUGCAGAAGCUUUCGUAGAUGGUUUGCAAUGUAAAGUUAUAAGGUAAAUAAAUUUUUUUACA